UUUCAUUUCUCUGCAUUUGUCUGGUUGUGCUUCGUGUUUCAAGUGCACUACGGAAGAUAUUGAUAAAAAUUUGUACAAUUGGUGUACUAAUUGAGAAAAUGUGUAUAUGAAAUUGAAAAUUGCAAUUGUGCGUCACAUAAAUCAAAAGUGAAGUGUUAAAGUGAAGCUUGGGAAAUGUGUGGGACCUUUUAUACUUCGUUUGAGAUAGCAGAGAUAGUAGUAACAGCAGGAGGCAAAAUAAAAGCAGAGAUUUAUGUUCGCAACAGUGAACGUCGCUGUCUAUAAUUAUUGAAGGCAUUGUUUUUGGAGGGGAGGUGGGGUAUACGUCGCCGGAACUUGCAGCACUAGCACUUCCUUAAAUGCAACAACAGCAGAGGAAGCAGCUAAAAUGGAAUGCUCCCAAAUUGAUUUAUAUGAGUUUCUAACAGAAGCAGAAUUGCAACAUUAUUAUAAUGCAAUCAAAAAUGAACUGAAAAUUACAAAUGCUGCCCACGUCAAAUAUGCGACUGACGAAGACCUCAAGCACAUUGGACUGUCUCGCCCAGAAAUACGUCGUCUACGCAAAUACUACGAAAAGCAUUUUCCACAUGGCUAUCUGAGUAAAAUAAAGCGCUUACUACAAGCGCCGGCCACAAUCGUGAAGCGUGACGGCGGCGAUGGCAGUACAACACUUUCAAAUGCAUCAUUGCAUAGCACGGCGGAGUCCCCUUCUACAGCGCGCACCGCCAACUCACCCAGCAAGGCACCAAAUAACAAGCAUAUUAUACCAGCCGAUUCUAUAACGGUGAAUAAACAACUGGGCACUGGCGAAUUUGGCAUAGUACAACAGGGCGUGUGGACCAAUGGCACGGAAAGGAUACAAGUUGCUAUUAAAUGCUUGUGCCGCGAGCGUAUGCAAUCGAACCCUAUGGAGUUUCUGAAGGAGGCCGCAAUAAUGCACUCUAUUGAGCAUGAAAAUAUUGUACGUUUAUAUGGUGUUGUUUUGGCCACAGACUCUUUGAUGCUGGUUACUGAGUUGGCGCAUUUGCGUUCUUUACUGGAAUGCCUAAAAGAUCCCGGUUUGCGCGUAAGCUUUCUUACAAUUCCAACGCUUUGCGAAUUUGCAAUGCAAAUCUGUAACGGUAUGCGUUACUUGGAAAAUAAGCGUCUUAUACACAGAGACCUUGCUGCGCGGAACAUAUUGGUUUUCAGCAAAGAUAAAGUUAAAAUUUCCGAUUUCGGACUGUCACGAGCUUUGGGUGUUGGCAAAGACUAUUACAAGACAAAUUUUAAUGUCAACCUAAAACUUCCUAUUGCCUGGUGUGCACCCGAAUGCAUCAAUUAUUUGCGCUUCACCAACGCCUCGGAUGUUUGGGCUUAUGGAGUUUGCCUCUGGGAAAUGUUUUCCUAUGGAUUUCAACCUUGGGCGGCACUUACCGGCUUGCAGAUACUUGAAGCCAUAGAUGCACCAAACUAUCAGCGCCUCGAACAACCUGACUGCUGUCCACAGGAAUAUUAUACGCUCAUGGUAAAAUGUUGGCAAGAUGACCCUGUAAAACGUCCAAAGUUCACGGAAAUCUACGAGCUACUGCCCGACAUGAAGCCCGAGCAGUUGAAAGCGGUUGUGCAUUGUUUGGAGCCCAAGAAGGAUCAUUUAUUGUAUCGACAAGGCGACAUCAUAACAGUACUUGACCGCAACACGGGCGCGCCGUUUUGGAAGGGCGUACUUACAUCGGGGAAGACGGGAUUCUUCAACCCCUCAAAUACCGUUGCUUACUUGGAAGGUUUACCCACUGCUAACCGGGACUCAUUUUGUCGCACCAGUGAACGCAUUAGCAAACGCAAAUUACGCACAGAAAUGAUAUCAAAGCCGCAGAAUGAUUUUAAACACACCGGACAUGUAGGCAUCGAUGGCGACUCAUUCGGCGAUAUAGCUUUUCUUGGCAAUUCGCAAAAUUACAAUCAUGUGCCACGGCAAAUUGUUACACCUUAUAAGCCAUCUGAAGAUAUCGAGCAAACACCACUUUUACUGCCACCGACACCAACCAGUCCCGAUUCCUUACAAACUGCCAGUGGUUAUUUCCCCGAAGAGGGUCAUGGCACCUCAAUGAACCCGACAUUCAUAUCCUCAACGGAAAACACACCCAAGCAUUUCAAUACUGGCAAUGGCGGCCAGUCGUCGUUCGAAUUUCCCGGUCAACAGUCACUCAGCAAGUCCUUCAAUCCAUUUACCCAUAAGGCUGACGAUGAAGUUAUGCGUAGUGGUGGCACACUCGCCAUGCAAAACAAUAAUUACGGUCUAGAUAGUCAAGGCUUCCACGGAGACGUAGCUGCGGGUAGUUCGCAGCAAUGGCGUGACGCUGGCAAGAAUGGCGGCAGUAGUGAGGAUCCACACGAAUACCAUGAAAUUUCCGAUGACGAAAUGACUGCUGACAAAUUAGACUUUGGACCGUCACUUCUGGAUGAAAUUAACUCGAUGUUUGGCUCCAUGAGCGCCAGCACAAGCGCGGCUGCAUCGAAAUCGUCCGAUUUUGAGCACACAAACAAAAAGAACGAAUUUGCCGAAAUCACUUCGAAAUUGGUGGGCAAAAGUGGUGAUAGUAACAGCAGCAAGUUCGGCACAUCCUCGAAGAAGAAGUCAUCGGGCACUGUCAAACCCAUUUCGGUGAAAGAUGAGCGCAUUUUGAAUCAAGCGAUCGAAAUCGCCAAUGAAAUCAGCGCGAGGUCCAUGAAUGAUUUAGUAUGCGACCAAUCGUCCAAUACACAAAGUCCAAAACGUAAAUUUAGCUUCCGAUUUCCGCAUUUAACGAGUAGCGGCAGUAAUGCCAGUGACAAGGCGUCUGGCGGUAAUUCCUCGCCGACGGCGGGCAGCGCGAAUGCGAAUGCAGCAGGACAAAAGUCGUUAUCGCCGUAUUCGAAGAAGAAAAAUUUCACUGAACAACUGGAGAGCAUACCCGAUUUACAGCGAUUUCGCUCCUUAAGCGAAAUCAAGAAUGUUAACGGUCCCGAUUUGCGUAUACCAAUUUUCGAUAAAGAAAGUUCCGAUUUUUGUUUUGAAAAAUCGCGCGAAAUAUUAAGUCGUCCAUUAAGUUUAGAUCCACCGCCGUCCCUAACUCAAAGCACCACAUCGCCCACCUCCGUACUCGAAUCGCAAUCUCAUCGUUCUGUGCGAAAUCAAAAAAGUAUCAGCGAGAACAUUAUGGAUAUCGAGAAUACGUUGAAGGCGCUUAAUUUGGAUUUCAUGCACACCUACACGGAAUUGGACAAAACCGAUUCGGAUGAGACCUUGCUGAACGAACAGUUCUCCAAUAUCGUAUCGUCGAUCGAGGAUGAAAUCAGUAGCGCCACCGGCAGUCUCAAAUCCGCUAUCUACAACUACAGCAAUGGCGUACAGACAAUGUUCGACUUCAAUGCCGCGACCAGUCAUUUGGACAAGCACUUGCAAUAUAUCAAUACACAGAGCCACGCGCAGGCGCAGUCGACGCUGGGUGAUCUAAUGCAGGACCAAAAAAUGGCCGAAGACAAACGUUCCAGCACACCUGACACGGGGUUUGCCUCGCGAGACACGAACAUCUCGCUUUCGCGACGAAGUAGCCAAAAAUCAAAUUAUAGUCCACAGGAAAACUACUACAGUCCGAAAGAAACAGCGCCGUUGGGUCCUAGCGGCAGUAGCAGCAGCUAUAUGACACAUAGGGAUGAUAGCCUGCAGCUCGCCACAGAACGCUUCAGCGCUACGAAAUACGGCAACUGCGUUUCACCAAAUAAAACUUCUGCUCUGAAUGCGAGCAAUACUUCGGUGUACUCCAGCAAUCAGCUCAAGAGCAGUGCUUGUGCUUUGGCCAUUGUCGAUGCCGAACAAUAUAAAGAGAGUGGUCAGCGUCAGCGCUCCAUGUCUUUCACCGACAAUCCAAUGAACCCUAUCUCGCCGGUACUGUCCGAACCACAGCAGCGCUUGAAACGCCGCUCUACGCAUUCGGCUAUGGAGAAUCGCACUUCACACAAACCGCAUGUGCGCAGCGCUUCAUCUUACAAACCACGUUCCAUACGCGCACGCACAUUGCGCCGUCUCAGCUACAAUCCCAUCAUAUUGGACUCGAGCUCAUCCAGCGAUGAUGACCCGAUAAGCGACUGCAAUCCCAGUAUUGCACGUUCGGAGUGCGACAUACGCGCGCGCGUCACUUCACUCUACCGACGCCGCCGACCAGCAAGCGGUGGCAGUGUGGCUGGCAAUGGUGUUUCACACAAAUUGCUGACUCCCGGCUGGCAGGACGAUGACGCGUCGGAGUUCACCACGGUAUCGCAGAAAAAGUUAUACGGUUCCAAUGUGAGCAUAAAGUCGGCACCGCACUACAAUUACGGUGCGCGCGGCAUGUCGCAUCAUUACAGUCGUCAGCUGGAGGAACAAUUCGCCUAUGAAGACCGUAUUUAUGACUUUGGCGGCGGGCGCGGACCGGGUAAUAAUUAUAGCGGCAGUGUAGCGCCCACUAUGGGCGGUCUAAUAAGAGGCAUGGACAUGAAUGGUAGCAGUGGUCGCGUUGGCAAUACCGUAGUUGGUAUGGGUUUGGGUGGUGGCGGUGGCGGUGGCUCCGGUUCGGGUUCAUCGUCGGCUACAUCAUCGGCGCCACCAUACAAUAGCGGCGCGCCUAUCACCAGCCUGGGAAGCGCUGGCGAACGUAGUUUUAGCGCACUCAGCGGCAUCAGUGCGCGUAAUGCAGUCUUCCAUGAAUUCGAUGUCAGUCGUUUGACCGGCAAAAGUCCCACUUCCAACUUCGCCAACUCGUCACCGGAGGAGCGCAACCGCGCACAUCCCUCGCCACCCAAAUCUUUGCAACUGCCGCCGUUACCGCUAUUGAAUGCGGCAUCGCCAGCUGCAGGACCUGGCACCGCCACGUCACUGCAGAAAAGUUUAGGUAGCGCCAAGCAGCAAAUGGAAUUUCACUGGCCGGAGAAGAUACAUGCGUCAACGGUGAAGCAGAAUGAGCUGCUCUGGCGACAACAGCAGCAGCAGCAACAACAACGGCAACAAAGCAAACCGUCUGCCAAACAUCAAUCGCACAACGUGUUCCUGGGCAGCAUGCGCGUUAGCAGCGCGACUGCCGGCGUUGCACUGGGCGGCGGUGGCGGCAUCCCAAACGAAGCGUCCUACACGAGCGACAGUUCUUCCAGCGAUAGCGAGGAGUUCGCUUUUCGCACCGAGUUCAUACCUCACGUACCACCAAGCCCAGCUCCAUAACUAAGAAAAAUGCUGAGAUAUUUUUUUAAUUUACUUUUUGGCAAUGUGUUGGACGAGCAGCAUUAAGGCUAAGAAGUGUUGAGAAUUGAAAGUACAGUAAUGUGAAGAAUUGAAUUAGUUAUAAGCAAUAUACUACAUAUUCCAAGCAGUAUUUUAUUGUUGUACAAAAACAAAAGUAUAUGUUCUAAAGCAACGAAACGCUACCAUAGGCAUGCUACUUGUUGCAACAGCAAAAAUUUUGAACGCCCUCAAGUAUAUAUAACAAUGUUACACUGCAGCGUCUGCUGUUAACAUUGCCACCUGUGAAGGGCUUAAAUCGUAGCUUUCAAAAUAACAAGCACUCGUUGGACAUAAAUGUUGUUAGCAGGGCCCCGCGAUUAUAUAAAUCUUAUAUGAUGUUGAAGAGAGAAUAUAUACAUACACGUAUGGAUAUUUUCAUUUGUGCAGAAGACCAAGGCUUGUAACGGCACUGCAAAGCUUGCUGUUUGAUUUUGGGAAUUGUUGCCGAAAUGUUUAUUGAUAAAAUAUCAACAGCGGCGCAGAUAAUUCUUAACAUAGGGAGUGCCUUAUCGAAAGUAAUUAUUUUCUGCUUCAAACGCACCCACACACACAUACACUCACACAUUUUUCGAGCAGUAUUUUUUUAAUUGACAUCUAGUACGUUUAUCCACAACUUCCGCAGCUCAAAUUCUGAUCGAAUAAUACAAACAUACUAUACGUGCAACGUGCAACAAUAAGUCAUGAAAUUGCGAAUUUAUGUCAUCGUCAACCAUUAAUAAUAUAACAUACAUAUGUAUAUACAUACAUCAAUGUGAAAUGUUCCCUAAUGCAAAAACAACUACAAUGCAGACUUUUUACGCGCAACAAUCAAUAGCUUAAUGGAAUUUUUACAAAUCAUAUUUUUUACAAUUUAUAAAUUUGUUUACCAAAAAACAAAAAGCGACCGCGAAGCUUCGUGAAAACAGUAAUCUUUAAACUGCGAAUAAGAUAAACAUGUUAUUUCAAGCAUAAACACGUUGAGAUUUGAGUGAAAAUAACUGCUAAGCAAUAACAAAGAAUUAGAAUAUAAAAGAAUAAUAAAAUAGAAUAAAGAGUUAAUAGUUGUUGAGCACAAUCUCCAUAUUGAUGGUUAAACUUUCCGAUGAAAAUGUUCAAUCAACAAAUAUAUUGACAAUUUGUUUUUUCAAAGCGUAGCGACAACGCUGCACUCUCUUAUGACUUCUUCGUUUUGUCAGUGUAGUGAGAUUGAAGUCAAAAGGCAAAAUAUUCAUCAUAUACAUAACUUACUUGUAAUAAAAUAUUAGUUAGUCGAAAAAGUUUUUUCGUAAAAGCAAAUAAGUUGAAGUUUGAUUAGAAAUACGAAAAGACUUUUUCAACAACCAAUAGUUCUUCUUUUUACAUAUAUCUUGCUAAAAUGGUCAAUAUAACAGAUUACCAGAGCUAACAGCAAAGUUUCUAAUAACCUUAAAGUGCUAAGUAGUUGUGUGUUCGAAUAACUCUACUGACUUAAGCUAACUGACAGCCAAAAAAGUAUUCUGAAAAGAUUUCUCUCCAUCUAAUUCGAAUAAAUUAAUAAAAAAAAUUAAGAAAUUUACAUGGCUUUUAUAUAUGUACAUAGGUCUCUUACAGAAACAUUUCGCUAGUAAAUGCGUGACUCGCUUAAGGUUCGACUGCCUUACAUUCGAAGUUUUCAGAUACAUUUUUUAUUCGGAAACACAUAAGUUGUCUUUUCUGGUAUUUUAUUUUGACUACCACUGUAAUUCUUUGCGUCUAUUAUUAGCGAAACUUUGAAAAUUAAAGAACAAAUUAAUUAAAAAUGAAUGCUGAGCUUUGAAAUUUAAAUGUAUGGCUUAUUGGAGGAUUAUACAGGUAUCAUCAAUUUGCUUCAUAACAAUGACCGAAAAGCCAGUUGAUCAGAAAUCAAAAUAAAGUAAAUAAUUAGUAUUUAACAAAAAAGUGUUUGAGGUUGAGAAAAACUCAUGAUUUCCAAUGUUUUACAAAAAUAAAUAACCAAAUACAAAAAUACAACUACAUAUAAAUAUACAUAUAUAGAAGAUAAUACAAAGAUCUCUCUGUUUUUAUUGCUAGUAACAUAAUUGUGAAACGCCUUAAACACGCAAUCUGAUCCUCAUUUCAGUAAACAAAAAUAAUUUGUAGCAUUCCAUUUUUAAUUUCUGACUUUACAGGCACUCAAAACCACGUAUUCGAGCUCGAAAACAUUAAGUAUGACCUUCCGAAAAAUCAUUGAUUUUCGCGAUUUUUUAAUGUUGAAAUUUCCUAAUCAGUCCGAUGGCUAUAGAAGCUUUUUUGUUUUUUUCUACUAUCCGAUUUCUCAAAAAUUUAAAACAAUUUUAUUGAAUUUUAUGAUAUUCCGGAUGCUUCUCCAGUCUUGCCAAGUGGACAAGAGAUGUUGCAUUGUGUUGUGUUAGCCCCAUUUGGCGGGCUUGUGUCACCACCAGACAUGUUCCUACAGUCUCUUCUAUCGAAUGCAAAUAGGAAUUUAAAAAAGAAAUGUUCUACUCUGAAAAUAAGGAGUGCCCGUAAAGGAUAUAUAAAAUACUUUUUAGCAUAGCCAACCGUUUUUAAUCGCUUUUAUCGCCUCCCCAAGCAACGACCUGGCAGCAUUUUAGAUGUUUUAACGCAUUUUUACAAUAACAAAAACACAUUUUAGCAUGCUUAAUAUUCCAAAUUUACUGGUUUUUAAAUGUAGAAAAAAUUAAAUUUUUCUAAAAUUAGUUUCUCUGCUAAAGUAGACACUUAAUAUACUUAUGCUUGAAACACUAGACACUAUACCAGUCCACAAAACAGUUAAACCGUUACAUAUAAGAAUUGAUCUCUUGACAGCUUAGCGUUUUUUUAACAUAGCAAUGAAAUGUUAAACGCUCGCAAUAAUCGCCAUAUUGAUAAGGCGAGAUUAUUUGCAGCAGCGCAUUAAUUACAUACAUACAUAUGUAUAUUGUAUAGGUGGCAGUAUGUGCUUGCAUACAUAUCUCUCCACAUUUACUCGUAUUAUAUAUAUUAUAUCCUUAGGUAUACAACAUUUAGCGAUAUCAUCAGCGGAAAUUUAAAUUGAUAUUCUAAUUACAUACAUACAUACAUACAUUUAUAUUAUAUGCUAUAUUAUACUCUAUUUUAUUAUACCAUUUAUAUUCACGAACAUAUAUAGACAUUAGUGCGAUGAUUACUUCAAAUAUUGGGUACUUGUAAAAUCAACCCUGUAUGUACAUAUACAUAAAUUUAUCAUAUUUGUAUGUAAUCGUAAAUGUAUGGUCAAUGCCAUUUAUAUUCUAAUUUGCCCUCGACAUUCCUACAUGCUUACUUAUCAGCAUACUUAUUUGAAAAAUCCCGUUUUGCGGUUGAUUCAAAAUUCUAGUUAAUAAUUAUGAAGCAACACACUCCAUUUACAUAUAAAUAUAUUUAAUCUUAUAAGUAUACUUAUGUAUGUGUACAUAUGUACAUGUACUCGAAUCUUGGUUUCUUGGCGACAAAAAUUAAAGCAAAAAAAUGCAAAAAAUCACAAUUAGCGUGAUAAGACAAAAAAGUCUUUUUCUACUCCUAGUUGCUCGUAUUACGACUUAAUUCUGAUCAACUAUGAGCGAGGUUUAAAUUCUAAAUAAGGAACGCAAAGCAGCAAACUUUUAUUUGGAAGCAAUGAAAGUAAAAAAGGAAGAAACAAAAAGAUGUAUUUACUGUGUUUUAUUAUAUUUGCAUGUAUUGCAUUGCCGGUUGCAUUUAUGAUGUUUCAAAACAAAAUAUUUAUGAAAAAACAGAACUUAAAAAUAAGA